AUGAAUGACUCUGAGGAUUUCAAGGAGGGCGAGAGUAGAAGCACAGACCAGAUAGACGGCACAGGGAUGAGCAGCAGGAAGGGAGUGAGGGUGACUGGGAGACAUGUGCCUCCUGUGGAUUGGAGCAGCAGAGGAGGAGGUCCAUCCAUCAUCCACUCUCCUGCCAGCACCCCCAUACCUCCAGACACCCCCACCCUCAUCUCAAUUGGCCCCCUGCCUCUCAGGCCCCCAGAGCGGGUCGCUGAGCGCAGAAUACAUGAAGCCUCAGCUGGGGACGACUGGCCCGGGGUGGCAUCGUCUCAACCCAGGGUGUCCUACAGUGAAAUGGGUGUCCCCAGGCAGACCAUGGAGGAGCUGAAGACCAUCCUGAGGGACAGUCCUCUGCUGAGCAUCCGGGUGAGAGACGAUGGGAAGCCGGGGAGUCCCUAUACGUACCUCCACGGAAGCAGGAGCGCUAGAGACGGUGGUGGACGCCCCGACGGACGGCAGGAAGAUGGAAACCCCCACAGGGUGUUGAGCACCUUCAAACCCCAGUCUGAUGCUUCCAGAAGGGGGCCCAGGGCCAGAGAGAGCACAUCUAUUCAGCUGCCUUCCAGCAUGGAUUCAUCCAGCUCGUUCAGGUCAGAUGGGAACACAAAUAGGCAGCCGGGCGUCAGUGCACACUCACAUGCAAGAGGUGGCUCCUGGGAAGAGACUGGAGCUUCUCAUUCAGAUAACGGGAACGAGACGGUCGAGUUCUCUGGUAACCAGAGGUUCAUUGCAGACAUGGAGCAGAUCAAGCAGCAGAUCGCCCGAGAGAACAUCAACUUUGUCCGAUUCGAGGCCACCGAUCUCCACGGGGUGUCCAGGUCCAAGACAGUGCCUGUUCGCUUCUUCCACGAGAAAGCCGUGUAUGGGGUUCCAAUGCCGAGGAGUUACUUGGAGCUAACCCUGAGCCCUAAGAGCAAUGAAGUGGACAACGCCAACACUGCCAACUUCAGCAGUGAUGUCCUUCUGAUCCCUGACCUUUCGACCUUCAGGGUCCUACCCUGGGCCGAGCAGACAGCCCGGGUCAUCUGUGACCCCUGCACAGUGACAGGAAGCCCCCUUCGCACUUCACCUCGCCUCAUCGCCAAGCAGCUCCUCGCCCAGCUCCAGACUCUGGGAUUCUCGCUGCACUCCUCCUUCACCUACGAAUGUUGCGUCCUGGGAGCACCUGACCGGAUCGGACCAAAGACGCUCCUGUUCCCGGCUACCACCCUGCUGAGCAACCACGACCUGCCUUUCUUCCAGCAGCUGGUGGACAGCAUGUACUGCAUGGGUGCAGACAUAGACAGCAUCGCCUCUGCCAGCGGGCCCGGCCAGAUGGAGAUCAAUCUCAGGCCAGAAUUUGGUAUUGCGGCAGCAGAUACCGCCUUCACCUUCCGCACCGGCAUCAAAGAAAUGGCUCGUAAACACUGCUACAUCGCCAGCUUCUUCACAGAUGACGGCCUGUACAAUGCUGGGGUGCUCUCUCACAGCUUGUGGGAUGCUAAUGGCCGGCGUAGCCUCUUCCACAGCGGGGAGAAGGCAGGCGAGCUGUCUGAGAUUGGCAGAAAGUGGUUGGCCGGGCUGCUCACCCACUCUGCCGCCCUGAGCUGCCUGAUGUCGCCUGGCCUCGGCUGCCGCAACCACAUUGCCAAGACAAUCAAAGACCCAAAACGGAUGCUGUACGCCACCUGUGGCAGCAACGAUAACAGCAGCUCCUUCAACAUCAAAUGUCACGGCGGUAGAGAGACGCACAUCGACAACAAGCUGGGCUCAGCCAUGGCCAACCCUUACGUCGUGCUGGCCGCCACAGUGGCUGCAGGACUGGACGGCAUCAGGCGGAACCUGAACAUCGAGAGUGGUCUGAACAGAGCCCCUUGUCAGCAGAAGGAAUUUUCCAUCCCUGUGAAGCUGGACGAGGCUCUGGAGGCGCUGGGGGAAGAUCACGUGAUCCGCAGCACACUCGGAGAGCCGUUUGUUCAGUAUUUCAUCGCCAUGAAAAAGUUUGAGAUUGAGACCCAAGAACUGGAUGAUGAGAGGAACAAGUGUCUGGAGUAUUUUAUUUAA